AUGGUUCCACCGAUGGCAUCACGGCUCCGCAUGGCCCUCGACGUUGCUGAAGGACUAGCCUAUAUCCACUCGAAGGGCGUUCAGCACUGCGAUCUAAGUUGCCGGAAUCUUUUCCUGUUCAACGAUCUGCGAGUGAAGCUCGGGGAUUUCGGAGCCUCGAUGCUCGAGGGCUACAGCUUCCCACCGUCGUUUUGUGAAGAGCCCCAGUACGAACUGCCUAAGCGGGAUAGGGAGUUUGACGCCCGCCCUGCUAUGAAGAGAGAACUCUUCGCUUUGGGAUCGGCCAUCUACGAGAUAGUGGCAUGGAGGCGCCCUUUUCAGGGUCUUUCUGACGAAGAGGUUGAGUCUAGAUAUGCGCGCGAGGAGUUCCCGGCCUUGGAAGAGAAUCCUGCUGUUGGCAGCGUGGGUGCGGAGGGAGGCAUGCCAGGCGCUGUGGCUGACGUCCGAGCUGGAGCUAUGGCUAGCUGGUCAUACUUCCUCUUCGUCUACCUCCUCGGAGGCCUUACCUUCCUCCCGCUGGCACUCGCUGCCGUCUUUCUCCAUGCAUACCUCACAUUUCCAUACCGAGAAGACGUCACGCCGGCGAAACAGACCGAGCCUGACCCGGACGACAUUGUCCAGCCGGGUGACGAUGUCGACACGAUCCAGUCUGCACGCAAGCUGCUGAAGGAAGAAGCGAAGCCCCGAGUAACGCCCCACGAACCCGAUGUCGCCGCCGGCUACUUUGCCGUGUGCAGGGAAUACACUCCCAUGGGCAUCAAUGCGAAGCCCAUUGAACGAGCCACACCUGCCGGGACCACCACAGUCGCCGCCCCAAGCCAGAGUGUUUACCAGACUAUGUAUCGGACGCUCUUUGACCGAAAGCAAACAGCGGGUCCUCUUGAUCACAACAACAGCACAAGCCAACGGCCGAAGAAGGCUGGGAAUGUUUUCUACGUCGUGCUGAGACACGGCCACCUGAUGCUCUUUGACGACGACGAGCAGCUCGAAGUCCGACACGUUAUUUCACUAGCACACCAUGACAUCAGCGUCUAUUCUGGCGGCGACAAGACACCCGAAGGCGAGCUGUGGAUCAAGAGAAACGCCAUAUGUCUCUCGAGGAAGACGGAUGGAGCGGAGCUGGCACCCGACACCCAGAUUUCUAAGCCGUUCUAUCUCUUCUCAGAGAACUGCUCCGCCAAAGAAGACUUCUACUUUGCAUUGCUUCGAAACCAGGAGCAAACCUUCACUAGCGAGAAGGCGGCGCCAACACCAGUGCAGUUUGAGGUGAAGAACAUCAUAUCGCUGGUGCAGAAGCUGCACUCGUCGGAAGAACACCUGCAGACACGAUGGCUGAAUGCCAUGAUUGGCAGGAUAUUCCUCGGCAUCUACAAGACUGCCGAUGUGGAGGCCUUUAUCCGGGCCAAGCUCACAAAGAAGAUAUCGCGCGUAAAGCGACCAACUUUCUUGUCCAACAUCACCAUUCGGAACAUAGACACGGGCGAGUCAGCACCCUACUUCACCAAUCCCCGGCUCAAGGACCUGACAGUGGAGGGAGAGUGCUGUGUCGAGUCGGAUGUCAAGUACACGGGCAAGUUUCGUAUCGAGGUUGCUGCCACGGCCCGCAUUGAUCUCGGGUCCCGCUUCAAGGCUCGCGAAGUGAACCUGGUGCUGGCCGUCGUGCUGAGAAAGCUCGAGGGACACGUCUUCUUCAAGAUCAAGCCACCUCCAAGCAACCGCAUCUGGUUCUCCUUUCAGCAUAUGCCCAAGAUGGAGAUGACGGUGGAACCCAUCAUCAGCUCCAGACAGAUCACCUACACCGUCAUUCUCAGGCAGAUCGAGAACAGGAUCAAAGAGGUACUUGCGGAGACUCUUGUCCUGCCUUUCUGGGACGACGUUCCGUUCUUCGACACAGCGCACAAGAACUGGCGAGGCGGCAUCUGGGCCGGCGACGAUGCCGUGCUGCAUCCGACUACUGCCGAAAACUCGGCGGCCCAGAGCGGCGAUGUCGAGGACGUCGAUCACUACGAAGAAGCAGGAGAGCCGUCGCCCGACCUACCGCCCGUGGAAAAGAGCCACACCGUGCCUGUGAUCGAGACCAGUGGGACCACGGGUCUCUUUGGCAGGAGGCUGAACGGCAAGGCCUCGCCCGUGUCGAAAGCCGCCACAUCGGCCCUCAGCCUCGAGAAUAUUAAGCCGAUUUCUCUCGGACGACAGGGCCGGGCGGGCUCGUUUGCCAGCCCUUCCGCUCCCACGGCAGCCACCGAUGCCGCACACGCUGACGUCUUCAAACCGUCGACCACGCCGCCCAACGAGAGCCCUGCCGUGAGCGCGAUGAGCAACCUGUCCGCGAAGGUGCAGUCACAGGCCUCGAUUGCGGAAAGCACGUCUGGCCGUCCCGUCGCGGGAUCCCACCCCCCGAGCUACUCCUCUGCCUCGUCCAAGGAGGCCACCGAGACAGAGCACAGCGACAACAACCAGACGCCAAAGCCUCAGGCCCCACGCCGCAACACCCAGUCCUCGACGGGAAGUUCCAUCCUCGAAGACCAGCCGCCGCAUUCGCCGGCGUCCACGAAGAGCACGACCAAGGCGCGCGGCUUCUUCCUCCGGCGCGAGCCGUCUCAAACUUCGAUGCGCACUUCCUCGCCCGGCGGCAACCACAACCACCACCAGCAUGCCAACGCCAACGCCGACCCUUCGUCGCCGAAGCGCAGCAACACUCUCGCGGCGAUGAGCAACGCGGCCGCCACGGCCAAGCGGUGGGGCAUGGGCGGCAUCAACGCUCUGCAGCGUCGCGGAGGCGCAAGCGACGAGAAGCACGGCGGCGCUGGUGACGGCGACGGCGGCGACCGCGAGGUCGACGAGGACGGCAGGAUCGACCUGUCCAAGCCCAUGGGCGGCGGGCGGCCCCUGCCCCCGCCCGGCACGCCGCUGCCCAUGCCGGACCGCCGCCGGGGCAAGAUCACGCCCAUCCCCGUGCCGCCGCGGCGCAAGGCCGUGCCCUCGCCCUCGACUUCGGGGUCCUCGCUGCACCACCACCAGGCCGGCGGUGGGAAUGGGGGCGAUCACCAGCACAAGAUUGAGCGGCGACCUGUGCCGCCGCCGCCACUGCCGAAGCGGCGCCAUGUUCUGGAGGAUCGUGAUGGCGGCGGCGGCGGUAGUGGUGGCGGCGCCGGGGACGUUGAUGUGCUUGUUGUCGAGGCGCCGCUUGAUGAUGAGCCUACUACGCCGUCUGGUGAGGAUGACGCGGCGCAGGCGCAGCAUUGGGCUGCUGGGCUGGAGGAUGGUGGCGAUGUGGUUAGCAAGGUUCAUCAUGAGGGAGAGGAGGGAGGUGGUGUGUCGCCUGCGCUAAUGCCGCCGGUGGCGGUUGCGGAUAGUGGGAGUGGGAGUGGGAGUGGUAGUAGGAGGAGCGGUGGGCAGACGCCGCUGGGCGGAGAGGUCGACGACGGUGUGGCCAUCGCGAGGGGUGCUUAUGCCGAGGCUCUUGCUGCUGCCGCUGCUGCUAUUGCUCCUGCUGAGGACGACGACGAUGAGGACGACGACGACGACGACAUCUCGGCGUGGAUGGAGCAGGACGAUGGCGAGCCUGCAGAGGACGAUACGCGGGAUCCGGCCGGGCAACAAGCGGCGGCGGCGGUCAAGACGUCGUGA